AAGAUUGAAGAAACAUUCACAGUCAAACAGGAAGAUCUGCAGGAACAAACAGACCUAAUUAAAGAGAGUGAGGGGAGUAAAGAGGAGGAACACCAUGUUAAAAUUGAGGAUGAAAAUCAUUUACAGACUGAUGGUAUUUUGAAAAGUAGAGACAAGAAUCGUUUCACCUGCACUCAGUGUGGAAAGAGUUUUGGAGGAAAUGGCAAUCUUAAGAUUCACAUGAUAAUCCACACCGGAAAGAAACCAUUCACAUGCACUCAGUGUGGGAAGAGUUUCAGCCAAUCGUCUCACCUUAAUGACCACAUGAUGAUCCACACGGGAGAGAAACCAUUCACAUGCACUCAGUGUGGGAAGAGUUUCAUCCGGUUAUCAUUGCUUAAUCAACACAUGAUGAUUCACACUGGAGAGAAACCAUUCACAUGCACUCAGUGUGGGAAGAGUUUCAGGCAAUCAUCAUACCUUAAUGAACACAUGAUGAUCCACACCGGAGAGAAACCAUUCACAUGCACUCAGUGUUGGAAGAGUUUCAGCCGCUCAUCAGACCUUAAUCUACACAUGAGGAUCCACACUGGAGAGAAACCAUUCACAUGCACUCAAUGUGGGAAGAGUUUCAGCUGCUCAUCAUCCCUUAAUAAACACAUGAGGAUCCACACUGGAGAGAAACCAUUCACAUGCACUCAGUGUGGGAAGAGUUUCAGCUGCUCAUCAUCCCUUAAUAAACACAUGAUGAUCCACACUGGAGAGAAACCAUUCACAUGCACUCAGUGUGGAAAGAGUUUCGGCCGCUCAUCAUACCUUAAUCAACACAUGAGGAUCCACACUGGAGAGAAACCAUUCACAUGCACUAAGUGUGGGAAGAGUUUCAACUGCUCAUCACACCUUAAUCGACACAUGAGGAACCACACUGGAGAGAAGCUAUUCACAUGCACUCAGUGUGGGAAGAGUUUCAGACAACCAUCACUCCUUUAUCUACACAUGAUAAGCCACAACGGAGAGAAACCCACAGCUUCGGUGUGGGAUGAGUUUCAGCAACUCCUCAGACCUUAAUAAACACAUGAUGACCACCACUGUAGAUAAACCACUCACAUGCACUCUGUGUGGGAAAAGUAUCAACCAAUCAGUAAACCCUAAUGAACACAUUAAGAUCCGCUCUGGUGUGAAAGAGUAUUUGUGCUUUGAGUGUGAGAAGACUUUUAUUACAGCUCUAAAAUUAAAACUGCACCAGACGUUUCACACUGGACAGUAGUGAUGGGAAGUUCGUAUCAUUUUACUUACUCGGAUCUUUGAGUCUCAUUCAUCAAGAUGACAGAAUCUUUUUUCGGAGUCACGUGACUGUAUUGGCGGAGUAGCAGCUCAACAUUUGGUCUCCGCAGCUCAGUGGUAUAUUUUUAGUAUAUAAAAUAAGAUAUAUAACGGCAUAUACUUUAAGACCUUGUGAAUGGACAUACGAUCAUGCCCACUACCCAGAAGAAGUUGAAUCUGUCGGCUAAAACCUCUAAAUCGACGGAGAUUAAAUCGCCUCAGGAGGACAGUCAAUCAACGAUCAUGGCGGACCAGGCGUAGUCGUUGCUGAGCCGAGCUGAGACACACAGCUUGGUAGAAAGAAUAUCAACAGAGGUGCUUAAAGGUGUCAAAAGCUCGUUUGAAAAGAAAAUCGACCCUGUUCUUAAGAAACUUGAGGAAUGUUCCCCAAAAAUUGGGACUUUGGACACGCGAAUUACUGAGGUAGAAUGCCGCGUAUCAGACUCCAAGGAUGCGAUGACCACCUUUAGUGUGAAACUUACUGAUCUCGCGGAAAAACUGGCGUCUGCGCUGGAAAAAAAUAGACAAUCUGGAGAACAGAAACAGAAGAUGCAAUGUGCUGGUCGUCGGUCUUCCAGAGGGAUGCGAGGGCAGUAAUCCGAUCUCUUUUUUCAAAUCCUGGUUACCAGAGCUGCUACAGGUCAGUUUCAAAGGUGAGCAUGUUAAACUGGAUCGAUGCCACCGCGCCCUCACUCGCCGCCCACCGCCUGGCCAGCGACAACUUUCAGGAUAAAUUUCGGAUCAUGCAAGUGGCGAGACAAACGUGCACGCUGUCCUACAACGGUGCUUCAAUUAUGAUAUUCGAGGACUUUUCUGCGGCGGUGAUGAGGAAAAGGCAGGAAUUCUACCAUGUUAAACAGCAGCUUAAAGAGAAGGGAAUUGUCUUUGCCAUGUUGUAUCCAGCAGUUCUCAGGGUCAAGGUGAACGGUCAGGAGAGGUCUUUCAAGGACCCAAAGGAUGUCACAGCAUUUCUGGCGUCUGCCCCACUACAGAGCGGCUCACCUGACCGCACUGCUACUGACUGAGCAUCCUUUUCCCAUCCCAGUAGGGUUUUAGAGGGUUUAGCUGUUGAGAUUGGACAUUUCGUUUGAGGUCUACAUUUUAUUAUAACAAUUCAUUAUCGAAAAUUUAGUAUGGUUUCUUUAAUACUGACAGAUCCAUAUGUGAUUACUUUUUCAUUGCCAUUUAUGUCUCAAUAUUUGACUGAGCUGCAGUCCGGAAGUUUUUCUGUUACCUAAAGGUAGCUUAUCGAAGCCUUAGAAAGGUUUUUUUAUUUAUUUAUUUUUUUGCUUGUUUUUCGUGUGCUGGUCCUGCACCUUCUCUAUAACAAGAGGGAAGCUAGCUGACGGCCAAAAUGGGCGUAACAGACCAAAGUCCUUUUCGUUUCGUUAAUAGCUCUUUUUUGUUCCAAUUUUUUUGAUGUACAUAGUUUUUACUUGAUUCUUCUAAAAUCAAAGAACGAUUUUACCCCUGCGUUUUUUUUUCUUGUUUUUUUUCUUCUUUUUUGUCCUGCAUUUUCUCUCAUUUUGUGGCUCCUUUUGUAUUUUAUUUUUUGACACAUAAUGUCUAGUAACUCCAACAUUAAAAAUUUGUAGUUGGAAUGUGAGAGGGAUACACAAUCCUAUUAAGAGAAAGAAAAUUCUUAGCUUUCUAAAGAAAGAACAGGUCCAUAUAGCCCUAUUACAAGAAACCUAUUUAUCGUCUGCUGAGCACGCUAAGUUAAAACAUGACUGGGUCAGACAGGUGUUUAGCUCUGCUUUUACUACCAAAAGCAGAGAUGUUGCCAUCCUAAUUAAUAAAUGUUUACCCUUACUUGAAGUUAAAACGGUCUCAGACAAAUCAGGAAGAUAUAUUAUGUUAAGAGGCUCUCUUUAUAGGCAAGACAUUUCAGUUUUAAAUAUAUAUUUUCCACCUAUUCAGACCACAGAUUUUAUUUCUAAGGUUUUUUCAAAAUUUGCGGAUUGGCUUUGUGACAACACAGUUAUAGCAGGUGAUUUUAAUUGUUUUUUUCUCCUCAGUAGUAGAUAAAUGUCCUUCAACACAAAAUCAUGGUCAGAUGUCGAAUAGAGCCAAAGCUGUUUUGGAUACCUGCAAAGAACUUGAUCUGGUUGAUACUUGGAGGGUGUUACACCCUAAUGAUAAGGAGUUUACAUAUUAUUCAGCCGUUCAUAAAACCAGUAGUAGAAUUGACUUGAUCUUCACCCCCAAAAUUUCUUUUAGUAAAGUUGAGUAUUGUAAUAUUGGGGAUAUUUUGAUAUCCGAUCAUGCACCUGUCUGUAUAGGCAUAAAUUUCAGUAACUUGACACUCCCUAAACAAUGGAGGUAUAAUUCAUACCUAAAUUUUGACCCUAAUUUUGAAGGUUUUUUUAACAGAACAGAUGAAUCACUUUUUUGUAGAAAACAAAACUCCGGGUGUUUCCCCAGGGUUACUUUGGGAUACAGCAAAAGCAGAUGCUCGAGGUUUAAUUAUAUCAUAUUCAGCUGGGCUUAGGAAAAAAAGUAGAAGAGAACAGAGAAACUUAGAGCUCAAACUACAUGAUCUACAGGCCAGAUAUAAUUUGUCUCCCUCAGAUGAACUAAGAUGUGACAUACAAAUAACAAAAACUGCAUUGGAAGCGAUACUUACGAAAAAGGCGGAGAAAUCAAUGUUCUUUGUAAAGCAAAGAAUGUACGAAUUUGCUAAUAAACCUAAUCGCUAUUUGGCUAAUCUUUUGCGGGUUAGGACAUCUACUCAAAAUAAACCUUGUAUUAAAGAUUUGAAUGGUUCUUUGAAUUAUAAUAAUAAGGAAAUUAAUAAUAGUUUUAGAAUCUUUUUUGAGCAAUUGUACACAUCUCAAUUUAAUUAUAGUGCGGAAAUUAAUAUGGAAGCUUUUUUUUUACAAACCUAUCUCUUCCUCAAAUUUCAAAUGACCAGAGAAAGAUAUUAGACGCUCCAUUAACUCUCAGUGAAUUUAAGAAUUGUAUUCAAUCUUUCCCUAAUAACAAGGCACCAGGUCCUGAUAGUCUCAGUGCAGAGUUUUAUAAAAAAGUUUGUCAGUAUUUUAUCUGGCCCGUUACACUGUUAAAAAUUGUCCCGUUAAAAAACAGUAAAAUACUGGCAGC